CUCAACUUCCCAUUGGCUUCGGAUUCAAGAUGCCAGCUCUCCAAACCAACACAAAGCAAACAUCACAACUGAAGCAGUAUCGCCAAGGCAGCUCUGACUUCCCGUUUGGAUUGGAUAGCGCAAAUUAAUCACAGGAGUAAGCAAAGAUCCAAGCAAUGGCGACAUUCGAAUCGCUGCAAGAGCGUCUUGCAGCUCUGCAGGAAACCACGGGCCAGCUCAGAGAGCUCAUCGACCGCCUCGCCAACAUCAAGUUCCAGCCUGGAUCCGUUCCUCUGAGCAACAGCGACGAGGACAAUGUUGCGGCCGAGUUAGCCACCGAGAUCAGCCAGAUCCUGCGUGAGGAGGAAGAAGACUUGGAGCUGCUCCAAGAAGAAAUCAUUGACCUACGCUCCGGCCGGCCAGGGAGCGAAGCUGAGCACCGCAAGACGAGGUUAAAAGAGGGCGCGCACCGGCUACAGACCGAGCUAAAAGACUGCCGCACCGCUUUCCGGCGAGCCCAGCUGUCUGCCCGCCGCAGCCUCGAAGCCGCGCAGAAGCUCGAGCGCGAGCUCCUCCUCGCAUCCUACGCCGCGUCAGCGACCUCAGCCGCCUCGUCCACCGUCCUCACCAACCCCGACAGCAGCAACAUCACCAAUUCCAGCGCCUCGACCGAUGGCCAUGCCGCUAAACCCGCCUCCUUCCCCCAAUUCGCCACCGCCGAAGACCCGCGCAACCAGCUCUUCACAGCCCGCGACCGCCGCCGGCACGGCCACAACAAGAAGCCCACCUCUUCGUCGGACGGAAACAACAAACCGGAGGAGGUGGUGGCCGCGUCCAACGACGUGACCCUCGCGCUGCGGCGCACCCACCAGCUGAUCGCGGGGGAGCUGGCCAAGUCGGCCUUCGCGGCGCAGACGCUGGCCGAGAGCACGGCGGCGCUGGCCGAGCUGGAGCGGAGCUACCAAGGGCUGGACGGACUGCUGGCGCGGUCGCGGGACCUGGUGGCGUCGCUGGUCAGCGCGCAGAAGAGCGACACAUGGUACCUGCAGAUGGCGCUGCGCAUGCUGCUCGCCACGCUGGCCUGGCUCGUGUUCCGGCGGUUUCUGUACGGCCCGCUGUGGUGGCUUGUUUGGUUUCCCAUACGGACGGGGUGGCGCGUGGGGAAGGGGGUGUCGUCGUCGGUGGGUGGUGGGAGGCAGGCUACGAUGCAGGUUGUUCAGCCUGGUGGAGAGGGGAGGAGGACGGUUGCUGUGGUGGGGGUCGGGGAAGAAGGGGCGGUGCCGACUGUGCGGGUUGGUGGGAGCGAGACAGCAGAGGGGAUUGAUCCGGACUCGAUGGUUGAGAAGGUCGGCAGGAUGGUAGAGGAUACACUGAAUCGGAGGGACGAAGAGGAGGCGAAUAGGACAGAAGUGGACGAACUUGAACACCAGCCAAAUCCGAAGAAGAGGAUGUGGGAGGAGCAGGUUGGGCCGGAGGCCGGAGGCGUGAGGGAUGAACUGUGAUUAUCGGGCAGAUAAUUGUUUAGAGGCACUUGCUUGAAUAACAGAUACCACUUUUU